AUGUCGAUCUUGUCUUUACAUCUCCCUGACCCAGAGGGAAAAAUCGUUGCUCAAAUCCUUGAUCCUAUAACGACCGACAAGCUCGAAACUUUCCACUGUUUUCCGUCCCUGGUCAAGGAGUUGCAAAUCAAAAUAUGGCAAUCAGCUUUUCCCCCUCCACGAAGAGUCGAAGUACGACCUAAUCGCUUUUGUCGCCAAAAACAGCCUCACUGUUCUUCAUGUAGAUGUAGAGCCAAGCGCACGGCUCCCUUGCCCAUAACACUGUAUGUCAAUCAACAAAGUCGAGAGAAGACACUCAGACACUAUCGACUUGUUUGGAUGACGCCAGAAACACAAGGCACUUUCAACGGCAAAGUCAAACCUCUUUGCUUCGAUCCAUCACGGGACUUUUUGUACACAGACAUCUUCGACAUGAUGUGCUGUACUCGUUCUGAUUGGAUGGCUCCAUUAAUCGCCAAUCGAUUCCUGAAUAGAGAUUGCUUCAAAAAUUUAAGAGUCUUGGAGGUUCGCUCUUGGGAAUGGCACGAUUGUAUCGGCAAAUCUCUACAAACACCAUAUUGGGUUGCGUUAGAAGUCUUCACACAACUUGAGGAAAUACGUCUCAUGCUACAUCAUCCAUCGCAAUACCUUCCAAAGCUCUGUGCAGAUUGUAGAAGCAGGCAUCAAGGGAGGCCGUGGACUAAAUCUAUGGAACGAAAAAGUAUAGAUGCGAUGACCGCCUUUUUUCAGCGCAUUCAUGAUGAUACCGCCGUCGGUGAACAACUCGCUGAGUGGGGAGUACAGUUACAUACUAAACAUGAGAUUGCAGAAGUCAAGAUUCCAAAAGUUGUUGUUGUUCCAUGGACUAGACGAUGUUAA